AGGCGGCGGCGGCGGCAGAGGCGGCGGAAGGAUGACCUCUCCUCGGGAGCGGGGUGCCGACCUCGCCCGUUUCUACACUGUCACCGAUCCCCAGCGACACCCGAGGGGCUACACGGUGUAUAAGGUCACCGCCCGGGUGCUGUCUCUCGGGUCCAGACUACCUGGCUGGUGGGUGAUAACCAGCCCAAAUACUCCUGCCAGCCAGUGACACCUGCAGCUCUGCAGGGAAAAGAGGGAGAGAGGAGCUGCGAUGCAGGUUGUUUCACGAAGAAAUCCAGAGGAUGUCCAGGAGAUAAUCGUAUGGAAGAGAUACAGUGACUUUAAGAAACUACACAAAGAACUAUGGCAAAUUCACAAAAACUUAUUUCGACACUCAGAAUUGUUUCCUCCCUUUGCUAAAGGAAUCGUGUUUGGACGAUUUGAUGAAACUGUUAUUGAAGAGAGAAGACAGUGUGCUGAAGAUCUGCUACAGUUCUCUGCCAAUAUUCCCGCUCUUUAUAACAGUAAACAGCUUGAAGAUUUUUUCAAGGGUGGGAUAAUUAAUGAUGGUUCUGAAUUGAUUGGUCCUGCUGAAGCUUAUUCGGAUUCCCUCACUGAUAAUUUUCCUGAGUGUAGUACAGAAGGCUUUUCCAGCGACAGCGAUCUGAUAUCUCUUACUGUUGAUGUGGAUUCUCUUGCUGAGUUAGAUGAUGGAAUGGCUUCCAAUCAAAAUUCUCCCAUUAGAACUUUUGGUCUCAACCAGUCUUCGGAUUCUUCAGCGCUGGGAGCUGUUGCUUCUGACAGCGAACAGAACAAAGCUGAAGAAGAACGGGAAAGUCGUAGCCUCUUUCCCGGCAGUUUAAAAUCCAAGCUUGGCAAGAGAGAUUAUUUGGAGAAAGCAGGAGAAUUAAUAAAGCUGGCUUUAAAAAAGGAAGAAGAAGACGACUAUGAAGCUGCCUCUGAUUUUUAUAGGAAGGGAGUUGAUUUACUCCUAGAAGGUGUUCAAGGAGAGUCAAGUCCUACCCGUCGAGAAGCUGUGAAGAGAAGAACAGCCGAGUAUCUCAUGCGAGCGGAGAGUCUCUGUAGCCUUUAUAAAGGAAAACCUCAACUUGAUGACGUAGCUCAGCCUCCAGGAUCACUAAGUUCAAGGCCCCCUUGGAACCUAAGGAGCCCUGCCGAGGAGCUGAAGGCCUUCAGAGUCCUUGGGGUGAUUGACAAGGUUUUACUUGUAGUGGACACAAGGACAGAGCAGACAUUCAUUUUAAAGGGUCUAAGGAAAAGCAGUGAAUACAGCAGGAACAGAAAGACCAUCAUCCCCCGCUGUGUGCCCAACAUGGUGUGUCUGCACAAGUACAUCGUUUCUGAGGAGUCGGUGUUUCUUGUGCUGCAGCACGCAGAAGGUGGCAAACUCUGGUCAUAUAUCAGUAAAUUUCUAAACAGAAGUCUUGAAGAAAGCUUUGACAUCGAGGAAGUGAAAAAAUCUACACUUAGUAAAGUUCACCUGCAACAGCCGACUUCUGGUCCUCGGGACAGCAGCAGCUUUGAAUCCAGAGGAAGUGAUGGUGGAACCAUGCUUAAAGUUCUGCCCUGGAAGACUAGUCUUACUCCAAGCUCUCAAGAGGAUAGCUACCAAGAUGAUGAUGGCCAAGAUAGCUCUCCAAAAUGGCCAGAUUCUGGCUCAAGUUCAGAAGAAGAAUGUACUACUAGUUAUUUAACAUUAUGCAAUGAAUAUGGGCAAGAAAAGAUUGAACCAGGGUCAUUGAGUGAGGAGCCUUUCAUGAAGACUGAAGGGAUUGGUGUUGAUACCAAAGCUAUUGAAAGCUUCCCGGCAUGCCUUGCUCCUGACAGCGACAGCGCCAGCACACAGCUGAUAGCUCACGAGCUAAAGUUCUUCCCUGGAGAUGAUGGCCUAGAAGCAGUUAGUUCUCCAGGAACAUCAGAUUCCCUCAGUAGAUCUAAAAACAGCCCCAUGGAAUUCUUUAGAAUAGACAGUAAGGAUAGCACUAGUGAACUCCUAGGACUUGAUUUUGGAGAAAAAUUGUAUAGUCGAAAGUCAGAGCCUUUGAAACCAUUUUUCACUCUUCCAGAUGGAGACAGCACUUCCAGGAGUUUUAGUAUUAGUGAAAGCAAGGUAGAGUUGAUAGCUCAGGACACCAUUAGCAGGGGCUCAGAUGAUUCAGUCCCAGUUAUUUCUUUUAAAGAUGCUGCUUUCGAUGAUCUCAGUGGUACAGAUGAAGGAAGGCCUGAUCUUCUUGUAAAUCUACCUGGUGAAUUGGAGCCACCAAAAGAUGGUGCAGCAAUGGGACCUACUAAAUUUGUACAGACUAAUAUAGGCAUAAUGGAAAGUAAACUAUUGGAAGCCCCCGAUGUUUUAUGCCUCAGGCUUAGUACAGAACAGUGCCAAGCAUAUGAAGAAAAAGGCACGGAGGAAUUGAGUGAUCCCUCUAGGCCUAAAUCCCAUAGUUUAACAGAGAAACACUAUGCACAGGGCGAGCUUGGGAUGUUAUUUGCAGCAGCUGUUGAUCACUGUAGUUCAGGAGACAGGUCUUUGUUACACAGCUCAGAUCCUAAGUUUCAAGGGCUUGGAGUGGUUGCAUCGGCUGUAACUGCAAACAGCACAGAAGAAAGCUUAUUCCAUAUUUCUAACCCACUCUCAGGUGCUAAUGAGUAUAAUGCAAACACGGAGACUUUAAAAACUGAAGAAGUAUUGCUGUUUACAGAUCAAACUGAUGAUUUGGCUAAAGAGGAACCGACUUUAUUCCAGAGAGACUAUGAGACUAGGGGAGACAGUGGGUUAGCACUACAAGGAGACAAGGAAAUACAUCACAUUUUUGAGGACCUUGAUAAAAAAUUAGCACUAAACUCCAGGUUUUACAUCCCAGAGGGCUGCAUUCAAAGAUGGGCAGCUGAAAUGGUGGUAGCCCUUGAUGCUCUGCAUAGAGAGGGAAUUGUGUGCCGCGAUUUGAACCCAAACAACAUCUUAUUGAAUGAUAGAGGACACAUUCAGCUAACGUAUUUUAGCAGGUGGAGUGAGGUUGAAGAUUCCUGUGACAGCGAUGCCAUAGAGAGAAUGUACUGUGCCCCAGAGGUUGGAGCAAUCACGGAGGAAACUGAAGCCUGUGAUUGGUGGAGUUUGGGCGCUGUCCUCUUUGAACUUCUCACUGGCAAGACUCUGGUUGAGUGCCAUCCAGCAGGAAUAAAUACUCACACUACUUUGAACAUGCCGGAAUGUGUCUCUGAAGAGGCUCGCUCACUCAUUCAACAGCUCUUGCAGUUCAACCCUGUGGAGCGACUUGGUGCUGGAGUUGCUGGUGUUGAAGAUAUCAAAUCUCAUCCAUUUUUCACCCCUGUGGAUUGGGCAGAGCUGAUGAGAUGAACAUAGUGCAGGAUUAUCUGCACACAUUCUGAUCUUCUCCGUGAUGGGCGUCUCCAGCGCAGAGGCAGCUCUGCUUCAUAGUCACUUACGGAGCACCAAAGCUGUGGGAUAAAGACCUUCAGAGGAAAUGGGGGAAGGAAAAGGCUGAAAGAAAACAAUUCCUUUACCGUUACUGUCUGGACAAGAUAUUGGCUUCAUUUGCAAGGGCCUGUUAUGUGCAAACCUUUAAGCAGGUGUGAUCCCUGUUUUAUCUGCCUUUACAUGGUAUUUCAGAUGAGUUGUAAACCCACCUGAAAGAGGAACGCCCUUCAAGAACUUCCUCUGAUAUGAAGCUCCCAGUGUGGAAUUAAGUGUUACUUGAAAGGAGGACCUUUACAUGGCAGCUAACUGCUAACCAAGAUUGGGUUAUAUGAUCAAAUUAGUAUUUGGUGAAUAAUAUAUUAAAAGUGCUCCAUGAAUAAUGUCAUCUCUGGAGCUUAAAAAGUGAGAAAGAAAGAAUAUACACAUCAUGUCUGAUAGGAAACCUGUACCACAAUGCUAUAUAACUAAUGUAUGUUGAAUGUGGUCCGAUAUUGUUUCAUCCUUUCAGAAGUCCACGUGAGAGGGAAACACUUCAUGUUGUCACCUUGGUGCAUUGUUGGUUGGUACUGCUUACAGAAAGUUCUUACAGGCACUCACUGGCUCUCUCUUUGACUUCAUCUUUCUACUUCCUACACCCUUUGCCUAUUCUCUCAUAUUCUGUUCUUCCUACCCCUACUAAUACAUAUGCAACAGAAGAGGGAAGGGAGUAUUUAUUUCCCCAAAUUGUAUCAACUUAAUAGGACUAAGAAAUCAUGAUGUAAAAUAAACAUGGUAAAAACUUAAA